GGGGGGCUGCGGGCGGCCGCUCCGCGCUGCUCCUCCGCGCCCCUCCGCCCGCUGAGCCCCCCCGGAGCCUCCGCGCUGCGCCGCGCCCGCCGGAGCCCAUCCAGGUGUACGGACAGGUCAGCCUCAACGAUUCCCACAAUCAGAUGGUUGUUCACUGGGCAGGAGAGAAGAGCAACGUGAUCGUGGCCUUGGCCAGAGACAGCCUGUCUUUGCUGGGUCCCAAGAGCAGUGAUGUGUACGUUUCAUAUGACUAUGGGAAGAGUUUUAAGAAGAUUUCAGAGAAGUUCAGCUUUGGUGCAGGGAACAGCAGUGAGGUGGCCAUUGCCCAGUUCUACCACAGCCCGGCUGACAACAAGAGGUAUAUCUUUGUGGAUGCCUUCGUCCCAUACCUCUGGAUCACCACCGACUUCUGCAACAGUAUCCAGGGCUUCUCAAUUCCCUUCAGAGCAGCAGAUCUCCUCCUGCACAGCAGGAACCCCAACCUCCUCUUGGGUUUCGACAGGUCACAUCCUAAAAAACAGCUCUGGAAAUCAGAUGAUUUCGGCCAGACCUGGAUAAUGAUUCAGGAACACGUGAAGUCCUUUUCUUGGGGAGUUGAGCCCUAUGACAAACCAGACACCGUGUACAUCGAGCGGCACGAGCCUUCGGGGGCUUCCACUGUCAUUCGCAGCACCGACUUCUUUCAGAGCAGAGAAAACAAAGAAAUAAUCCUGGAAGACGUUGAAGACUUCCAGCUGAGGGACAAAUACAUGUUUGCAACCAAGUCGGUGCGUUUGCAAGGCAGCUCUGAGCCACCUUCAGCCCAGCUCUGGGUGUCCUUCAACCGCAAGCCGAUGCGCGUGGCACAGUUCGUCACCAAGCAUCCAAUUAAGGAAUAUUAUGUUGCCGAUGCCUCGGAGGACCAGGUGUUUGUGUGUGUCAGCCACGAUAACAACCGCACCAACCUCUACAUCUCAGAGGCAGAAGGCCUCAAGUUCUCCCUCUCUUUAGAAAACGUGCUCUACUACAGUCCGGGCGGAGCUGGAAGUGACACCUUAGUCAGGUAUUUUGCCAACGAGCCCUUUGCUGACUUCCACCGGGUGGAGGGCGUGCGGGGGGUCUACAUCGCCACGCUGAUCAACGGCUCCUUCAGCGAGGAGAACAUGCGCUCGGUCAUCACCUUCGACAAGGGGGGCACCUGGGAGCUGCUGCAGCCCCCGGCCCAGACACGCUACGGGGAGCAGAUCGACUGCCAGCUCUCCCAGGGCUGCUCUCUCCACCUGGCCCAGCGCCUGAGCCAGCUGCUCAACUUCCAGCUGCGCAGGAUGCCCAUCCUCUCCAAGGAGUCGGCGCCGGGACUGAUCAUCGCCACCGGGUCUGUUGGCAAGAACAUGGCAAGGAAAACCAACGUCUAUGUCUCGAGCAGUGCUGGAGCAAGGUGGAGAGAGGCACUGUCUGGACCCCACUAUUACACCUGGGGUGACCACGGUGGCAUUCUGGUGGCCAUUGCUCAAGGCACUGAGACUGACCAGCUCAAGUACAGCACCAACGAAGGGGAAACCUGGAAAACUUUCACUUUCUCAGAGAAGCCCGUGUUUGUGUACGGCCUGCUCACCGAGCCCGGGGAGAAAAGCACCAUUUUCACCAUCUUUGGCUCCUAUAAGGAGAAUGGCCACAGCUGGCUGAUACUGCAGAUCAACACUACUGACGUGCUGGGGGUCCCUUGCACAGACAAUGACUACAAGCUGUGGUCACCCUCCGACGAGCGAGGCAAUGAAUGCUUACUGGGGCAUAAAACUGUCUUCAAAAGGAGGACUCCUCAUGCGACCUGUUUCAAUGGGGAAGAUUUUGACAGGCCUGUCAUGGUCUCCAACUGCUCUUGUACAAGGGAGGACUUUGAAUGUGAUUUUGGCUUUAAACUGAGUGAUGACUUAUCAUUAGAAGUGUGUGUCCCUGACCCUGAAUUUGCUGGGAAACUCUACGACCCACCAGUCCCUUGCCCUGUUGGCUCAACUUACAGGAAGACUCGAGGCUACCGAAAGAUCUCUGGGGACACUUGCACAGGUGGAGACAUCGAGUCGCGGCUGGAAGGGGAGCUGGUACCGUGCCCACUCGCUGAGGAGAACGAGUUCAUUCUCUACGCCACCCGUUACUCCAUCCACCGCUACGACCUGGCCUCUGGUGUCAGUGAGGAGCUGCCCCUGGCUGGGCUGAGAGGGGCUGUUGCCCUGGACUUUGACUAUGACCACAACUGCCUGUACUGGGCCGACGUCACUCUUGACAUCAUCCAGCGUCUUUGUCUCAACGGCAGCUCUGGGCAGGAAAUAAUCAUAAGCACCGGGCUGGAAACAGUGGAAGCUUUGGCCUUUGAACCUCUCAGUCAGUUGCUGUACUGGGUCAAUGCUGGGAUUCCCAAAAUAGAGGUUGCCAACCCAGAUGGAGACCUACGACUCACUGUCCUCAAUUCCUCCAUCCUUGAACGACCCAGAGCCCUCACCCUGGUUCCCCAAGACGGGUUGAUGUUCUGGACAGACUGGGGAGACUCCAGAGCUGGCAUUUACAGAAGUGACAUGGAUGGCUCAUCAGCCAGGUGCAUCGUUUCGGAGGGCGUGCGGUGGCCAAACGGCAUUUCCGUGGAUGACAGCUGGAUCUACUGGACUGAAGCCUACAUGGACAGGAUUGAGAGGGUGGAUUUCAACGGGCUGCAGAGAUCUGUCAUCCUGGACAGCCUCCCUCACCCCUACGCUAUUGCUGUAUUUAAGAAUGAAAUCUACUGGAAUGACUGGUCACAGCUGAGUAUUUUCAGAGCAUCCAAAACCAGCGGCUCCAGAAUGGAGAUCUUGGUUGGCCGAUUAAAUGGGAUCAUGGAUAUGAAAAUCUUUUACAGAGGAAAGACAACAGGGAAGAAUGCCUGCAUUGCCAAGCCCUGCAGCCUGCUCUGCCUGCCCAAGUCAAACAACGGCAGGAGCUGCAAGUGCCCUGAAGGGGUGUCCAGCACCGUGCUGCCCACAGGGGACGUGAAGUGUGACUGUCCUCAUGGCUACAUCAUGAAGAACAACACUUGCAUAAAGGAAGAAAACACGUGUCUCCCGAACCAGUACAGAUGCUCCAAUGGGAACUGCAUAAACAGCAUCUGGCAGUGUGACAAUGACAACGACUGCGGGGACAUGAGCGAUGAGAAGAACUGCCCCACCACCGUGUGUGACGCCGACACCCAGUUCCGCUGCCAGGGCUCAGGGACCUGCAUCCCACUGUCCUACAAGUGUGACCUGGAGGAUGACUGUGGGGAUAACAGUGAUGAGAGUCACUGCGAGGCUCACCAGUGCAGGAGUGAUGAAUUCAGCUGCAGCUCAGGGAUGUGCAUUCGUCUCUCCUGGAUGUGUGAUGGUGACAACGACUGCAGGGACUGGUCCGAUGAAGCCAACUGUACUGUAUAUCACACCUGUGAGGCCUCCAGCUUCCAGUGCCAGAACGGCCACUGCAUCCCGCAGCGCUGGGCCUGCGACGGCGACGCCGACUGCCAGGAUGGCUCUGAUGAGGACCCUGCCAACUGUGAAAAGAAGUGCAAUGGCUUCCAGUGCCCCAAUGGCACCUGCAUCCCAACCAGCAAACACUGCGACGGCGUCAACGACUGCGCCGACACCUCGGAUGAGCAGCACUGUGAACCCCUGUGCACCCACUACAUGGAUUUUGUGUGCAAGAACAGGCAGCAGUGCUUGUUUCACUCCAUGGUGUGUGAUGGCAUCAUCCAGUGUCGGGAUGGAUCAGAUGAAGAUGCCAACUAUGCUGGCUGCUCCCAGGACCCCGAGUUCCACCGGACCUGUGACCAGUUCAGCUUCCAGUGCCAGAAUGGUGUGUGCAUCAGCCUGGUGUGGAAGUGUGAUGGGAUGGAUGACUGUGGUGAUCACUCCGACGAAGCAAACUGUGAAAACCCAACAGAGGCUCCAGACUGCUCCCGGUACUACCAGUUCCAGUGUGGGAAUGGGCACUGCAUCCCCAAGUGGUGGAAAUGUGACGAGGAGAAUGACUGUGGGGACUGGUCUGAUGAGAAGGACUGCGAGGGUGCUCCAGUUCACCCCCUGACCACCCUGCUCCCCCCGACCUGUUUACCCAAUCACUUCCGCUGCAACAGCGGCGCCUGCAUCACCAACGCCUGGGUCUGCGACGGGUACCGGGACUGCCCCGACGGCUCCGACGAGGAAGCCUGCCCGACCUCACGACCCAACGCGACGAGCCCCUCGCCGGCGCUCCCGGGACGUUGCAGCCGGUUCGAGUUCGAGUGCCAGCAGCUGCACAAGUGCAUUCCCAACUGGAAGCGAUGUGACGGCCUGAGGGACUGCCAGGAUGGCACGGACGAGAGGAACUGCCCUACUCACAGCACCCUGCUGUGCCCCAAUGGUUACAGAUGUGAGGAUGGAGAGGCCUGCAUUAUGGUGACCGAGCGGUGUGACGGGUACCUGGACUGCUCAGACAGCAGUGAUGAGAGGAACUGUACUGAUGACACAAUCGUGUACAAAGUCCAGAACCUGCAGUGGACAGCUGACUUCUCGGGGGAUGUCACUCUGACCUGGGCUCGGCCAAAAAGAAUGUCCUCCACCUCCUGUGUCUACAACAUCUAUUACAGGACGGUUGGUGAAAGCAUUUGGAAGAUUCUGGAAACCCACAGCAACAAAACCAAUGGCGUUUUGAAGGUCCUCAAGCCUGACUGUACCUAUCAGGUGAAGGUCCAAGUGCAGUGCCUCAGCAGAGUCUACAACACCAAUGACUUCAUCACCCUCCGGGCACCCGAAGGACUACCAGAUGCUCCCUUCAACCUCCAGCUGACCCUGAAGCAAGAAGCUGAGGGGGUGGUGACAAGCUGCUGGAGCCCCCCCGUGAACGCCCACGGCCUCAUCCGGGAAUUCAUCGUGGAAUACAGCAGGAGUGGCUCCAAGGAGUGGUCGUCCCUUAGGACCACCAAGAACUACACGGAGAUCAAGAACUUAGAGGUCAACACAUUAUACACAGUUCGAGUUGCUGCAGUAACUAGUCGAGGAGUGGGAAAUUGGAGUGAUUCCAAAUCCAUAACCACCACAAAAGGCAAAGUCAUUCCUCCUCCUCUCAUACACAUUGAGAGCUACAACGAGGACUCCAUAAGUUUCAGCCUAAAAAUGACAACUAAUAUUAAGGUCAGUGGGUAUGUUGUGAACAUCUACUGGACAUUUGAUGCCCACAAGCAGGAGAAAAGGACUCUGAUCAUCGAAGGAGAAAAGUCCCUUCAGAAAGUGGCCAAUUUGACAGCACAUACCCCCUAUGAAAUUUCUGCGUGGGCUAAAACAGAGCUGGGUGACAGCCCCCUGUCUUUUGCACACGUGGUGACCAGUGGGACCAGACCUGCAUCUCCGAGUCUGAAAGCCAAGGCCAUCAACCAGACUGCAGUGGAAUGCAGCUGGACAGGACCCAGGAAUGUCGUCUAUGGCAUCUUCUAUGCCACAUCCUUCCUGGAGCUGUACAGAAGCCCUCACAACACCAACACAACCUCCCACAACAUGACUGUGAUCGUGCAGAGGGACGAGCAGUACCUGUUUCUGGUCCGUGUGAUGUCUCCCUACCAAGGGCCACCAUCUGACUACGUCGUGGUGAAGAUGAUCCCAGACAACUGGCUUCCCCCUCGGCACCUCCACUCGGUGCACACCGGGAAGACCUUCGCUGUCAUUAAGUGGGAGUCACCCUACGACUCGCCCGACCAGGACAUGUUAUACGCUGUCGCAGUUAAAGAUUUAGUAAGAAAAACAGAUAAAAUCUACAAAGUGAAAACCCGGAACAGCACGGUGGAGUACACCAUUAAGAGACUUGAACCAGGAGGCAAAUACCAUGUGAUUGUUCAACUGGGAAAUAUGAGCAAAGAAUCCAGCAUGAAGAUCAACACAGUUCCACUGUCUGCACCAGAUGCCUUAAAAAUCAUAACAGAAAAUGACCACAUUCUGCUUUUCUGGAAGAGUUUGGCAUUAAAGGAAAGUAAUUUCAACGAAAGCCGGGGUUAUGAGAUUCACAUGUUUGACAGCCUGAUGAACAGCACAGCUUAUCUUGGGAAUACCACAGAAAACUUCUUCAAAGUUUCCAACCUGAAGAUAGGUCACAACUAUUCCUUCAGUGUCCAGGCCAGCUGCCUGUACAGCGGGCAGAUGUGUGGGGAGCCAGCCACGCUGCUCUAUGAUGAGCUGGGAACUGGUGCAGACUCCUCUGCAUCAAAAACCAGCCCAUCCACAGACGUGGCUGCCGUCGUGGUCCCGGUGCUGUUCCUGCUGCUGGUGACCCUGGGGAUUGGUUUUGUGGUGCUGUACAUGAGGCACAGGAGGCUGCAGAACAGCUUCACAGCCUUCGCAAACAGCCACUACAGCUCCCGCCUGGGCUCGGCCAUCUUCUCCUCAGGAGAUGAUUUAGGAGAUGAGGAUGACGAAGCCCCAAUGAUAACUGGAUUUUCAGAUGAUGUCCCCAUGGUCAUCGCAUGAAGCUCAUUCCUGACUGUAAAAACCAAAUGGUGUAAAUAUUUAAUUUGAUAAAGAUAGUUGAUUGUUUAUUUUAAAAAAAAAAUGCACUUUGAGUUGCAAUAUGUUAUUUUUAUAUGGGCCAAAAAUAAUAAUUAAUAAUAAUAAUAAUAAUUUUAAAAACACACUUUGUAGUAAUCAACUGUGAAUUGCAGACUAAGUUGGUUUAGUAAGAAAUUGCUUUGAUUUAACAUUAAUUUAGUCUUACAAGGCUAUGCUUGCUGGGCAUGCUUUUAAGUCUGUGAGAUACUUUCCGUUAACUAAAUUGGCUACUGGUUUUAUUUUUCUAAGACAAGAAAAUAAAUUUAUUUUAAAAAAAAUAAUUCAGGAGAUUAUAUAUGGAGAGAGAGAGAGAGAGAAGUAAUAUAAUCCCUGAAGGUUUUGCUUUUACUUAAGAAAAAAACAAAACAAAAACAAAUAUCCUUUGGACUUUGUUUUGUAUGAAAGUAUUUUUGUUGUGUUAAUUUAUUGGGAAGUCUGCUUGAGAACAGAUUUCCAAAGUCAUCAGACAUUGUACACAUUGUUGUGUAGAACAUGUGCCACUUUAUCUAGCAAGGCAGUAGUAUCUUGGCAUCCCCAUCAUUGUUCUUGCCAUGAUAAUAAAACAAUCCUUAUUUUUUACUUAUUUCCCUCCCCCCCUUAAUAAAAGACAGAAUCUUUCAGGAAUCUCAGAGCCCAAGUCAAGAUUCUGCAGCAUGUAUUUUAUAGGUGAGUUCAGCCUCUGGCUGCCCUACCAAGCUGUGCUGCCAAGAGUCAUGCAGACCCUCGUGUGUGGGUUCCAUGUGCCACAGGUCAUUGGCAGGUGGAUUUCUGGGGUUCUGCCUGCAGGAGAGAGGUGACCCCUAGGCAGCAGCACUGCAGGAUCUUUCUGCAGCAGUGUGCUAGACCCAGGCUUUGCAGUUUUCACCCUCACUUUCAGGUCAGAGAAUCAUCCUAGAAUAGUUUGAGUUGGAAGAUCCAACCCCUUGCACGGGCAGGGACACCUCCCACCAGCCCAGGCUGCUCCAAGCCCCAUCCAACCUGCCCUUCAACACUGCCAGGGAUGGGGCAGCCACAGCUUCCCUGGGCAGCCUGUCCCAGGGUCUCACCACCCUCACACUCCAGAAUUCCCUCCUCAUGUCUCACCUCAAUCUCCCUCCUCCAGUUUUCAUCCCUUCCCCCUUGUCCUCUCCCUCCCUGCCCUUGUCCCAAGUCCCUCCCCAUCUUUCCUGGAGCCCCUUCAGGCACUGGAAGGUGCUCUAAGGUCUCCCUGGAGCCUUCUCUUCUCCAGGCUGAACACCCCAACUCUCAGCCUGUAGCAGUAAUCACCGUGUGCAGGAACAACCCACUGUGCCCUCACAACCUGCUGCCCACACCCGCGCCCAUCACGAGUGGCCAAAUUUAAUCUGUAGUUUCCAUCAGUAAAAAAACAAACAACCCACAACCUGAAGUGAAAGCACACCCCUUAAGACACAGUUCCCACUAAUCAGGACCUUUCCUUCGUGGAGCUUCUCCAAGAUGCUCCUAUGUUGGUGGGACAGAAGGGGGAGCCUCCACUGUGAGCAGCCAGGGAGCAGCUUUGCAUACAGAUUUUCCAUGCUCACACAGGGCAGUGAUUACUAAACAUCUAAAUUCAUUUGGUUUACAGCAGGGAUUCGAUCCCCCCUUCAUUAGCAUUUCCUAAAAGCAGCUGUACUUUUACCAUCAGCUUGAGAAGGAACGCAUUAUAUACAUGCAUAUAUAUUAUUUUCCCAUCACCACUCAUCUCACGUUUCCACUAGACAUAAUGCUGGCUGCAGAGCUAAGCAGCAGACAUGUCUGGUUGCCACUGUCAAGCCUUUUUUUUUGUGCUAGAAAAAUGUGAAUCUCACCACAAAUCCCACCACUUGCCAACCCAUGAGCCAAUGUUCCCGGGUCAGGCCUGUCCUUGCUCUAUAUAUGCAAACCCUCCCCCCAGUAAAAUACAGCACACUGUCUUCUCACACUGUUUCCUUUGUUUAAACCAAAAGUAUUUUUGCUGUGUAAACCAAGUUCUAACAGAAGUCUUCCUACAGAUGAGAGAGGCCAGCUAUGUUUUGAUACACAACUGAUCCCUUUCAUUUCACAUACUGAAAAUGUAUAAAAAAAAAGUUGAAGUUCUCUAUGGUUUGAUACUCUAUAGAAAUACUAACUCUAUUUUCAAUUACUGGUGGUGUCCUUUCCCAGAGACAGGUUUUCUUUUUGCCCCCCAAAGCUGGGACCAAACUAGAAUCAGAUUUUUAUAAGUAGCAGCAGAGUUGCAGUAUUUUUACCUUGUUAGGGGGUCAGGUGAUGUUCAGGAGUCAAAAUGUUGAGUAAAUCAACCCAGCCUCUACAGCUCAAUUUUGAGUAAAUCAACCCAGCCUCUACAGCUCAAUUUUGAGUAAAUCAACCCAGCCUCUACAGCUCAAUUUUGAGUAAAUCAAGCCAGCUUGUAUAGCUCAGUUUGCCUAAACUUACAGCUACGCAGGGAGACCAGAAUCUGACUCAGAGCCUAAGAUGGAAAUCAAAGCAUUUUCUACAGGAAAAAAAGCCUAAGAGCAGAGAGAAAAGAGUGCUGAGCCCCUUCCUAAUUAAGCAAGUAUUUCUGGCACAGGUAACUGAAAACUACAGGAUAGUAUCCCAGAAGCUGGUACCUCUCUGGUGAUAAUUACUGUGUUUUAAAUACUGCUGCUUUAUAUCCCCCACUCCAGUAAGGCCAGCAGAAUGUAGCCCAUCUCUAACUGGAAGAGAGAUGCCAAGGGGCACCCUUGUAACUGCAGCAACCCCGGGGUUGGAUGCUUUCAAGGGGGGACAGGUCACUUCUGGCCACUCUGAAAGGCUCCUUUGUGCUCCUGGCUCAGCCAGGCUGGGAUGGAGUUCAGCCAAGCCUUGGGUUGUGAUACUGCCCUCAAAAACUGCCCUCAAAAGCAGCACUCUUGGCUCCCUGUGCCUUGCCUGGACACUCCUGGGUUGCCCUGCCCUCCCAGACCUCCCCUUCAUUGCAGAAAUCACCCCUGUGCUCUCAGCAAAGCAACUUCCCAGGGCUAGGGUAUUUUAUAUGGAGAUAGAGAAGUCUAAGCCCCAGGCUGGGAGGGAGCAGGACAGAUGCAGUUCUGGGUAAAUUGUAUAUUUUUAUGAACUUUUGAAGCACGGAAUCGUGUUCACAGAGACAUAUAGGGGGUGGGAGGGUUCUGGUGUAAAUAGAUGUGGAUGCAUAUUUUGUUCUGGUUUUGUUUCAGUAGCCUUUUGCAUUGUGACAGGAAUGACUGCCCUGACUUUUGGGAGGUGACCUGGGUUUACCUCAGAGCAGCCCGGGAAAAUGUUUGGAUCCAUAAGGAAAAAAAAGAAGAAAAGGGGGUAUGGGAAGUACCCUGGUUAGGAGGAACUUCUUCCAGUUCAUUUGUGUUUGCACCCAUUUCAGGUUUCACUGCAGAUGCCUGCUAGUAACUCUUAAGUCCAUUUGAACAAAAGACUAAAGUCCAACACUAACAUCUGGAGGGGUCUGGGAGCUUCAUUUUGCUUUGGCUGGGGUUUGUUUUUGAGGGUUUCUUCUGCAUUUUUUGGUGGGGUUGGAGUUUUAGUUUUUCACAAGAGAAGAACAAGGAGGUGCCAUUUCCCAGGCUUGGGAUGUGAACACCUGUUCAAGGUCCAAAGAAGCCAUCCUUUCAAAUCACAUUGCUCCUCCUGCCUCUUCCAUGACACAGUUGUGUCUUGCUGCCCACCCCAGCUCCCACAGCCACCUGCAGAUGCCACCAGCUUGGGAGCCAGCAGAGCAGAAUCCCGUGCCCCAGGGAAAGGUCAGUUUCAGAGAGGGGUGUCACACUGAGCAAAGGGGGACACUGUGCAUGCAGAUGUUUAUUUCAUCUGCAGAGUAGUUGCCACCCUGUAAGUCUGCACCCCAGCUAACCCUGCCCACAACCUGUUCCACGUGCUCCUACCUUGACACAGCCUCAGCUGCAGGUUUAGCUUUGGGAAAAGACUGUUUUCCUUGGACAGAGAUCAGGCUACACAGAGAUGUACAGGAGCACAUACCCAGCCAGAAAGGGAGGAGCAAGAACACAUGUGCACGUGCCAUGGUAGUGCUGGCUGCCAACAGCCACACCAUCAUCUUUUGGCCUCAUCAACGAGGCACCUUUGUGCUUGCAGGUGGCCUUGGUAGUCCCAGAAUGGUAUUACUGCUUCCUGCUGGUUUCUGAAAACCCUGGGAGAAGUGUCUUGAAAGCUCCUGUCUGGGUGGAGAGGGAUGUGCCUCUCCCAGACAACCAGCAGGGCAGGGUUAUUUUACUAAUCCUGAUUCUGGAGUCACCAAGCCCAGCCCCAAACUCACAUCAGCCACCAGGGAACCCUCACCUGAGCCAGCAGCUCUCCCUGAGCAGCACAGCCUUUCCUCACAGGGCAGGUUUAGGAUCUGCAUAUCCUUGAGAUCUCUUUGUAGGGACAGAGGAGUAUUUCAUGACAUAAAACUCGUAUGACCAAAAUAACAUUUUCUGAAACAAUUUAAAGUCUCUUUCAAAUGGACUUCAGAGGGGAAACGGUGCAAUUGAGGUAGCUACUGGUGGACCCAGAGAGCAUCUCCAUGACUGGAACUAGCUCUAUCAUUUAUAAUUAAUCUUUGAAAAGGUACAGCAGUCUACAAGCAGCCAGUCUAUAAUGAGUUUUUGAGAGCUAGUGUCAACUUCUAAUCUGGUUCCUUAAGUGAAGUUUAAUACUGUACCAUUUGAAUUGCUACUCUGUCUCUUUUGGUUUAUUCAUCCACUGAUUUCUGCUGUUAUAAUUGCACAAUUUUGAAGGAUUUUUUGUCUGUCAAUUUAUUAUUUUUUUUUUCCACUUAAUGGUAAUAAUAAAAAUGGACUGGGUAAACAAAACAAUUUCUGGUUUCCAAAAUGAUUAUCUAGCCUCUGUGUGUCUAGUGCAAUAAAAAGGAGACUUGUUUUUUUGUUGGUU